UCUUUAAUUUACUGUAGUCCUGAGAAAUGUUGUGUUGGAUUUAAAUGGGACGAACAAAUAGGGAGUUGUACAAAAUGCAAUAUAGGAUACACAGGACGAAACUGUGAAGAAAAAUGUCCCUAUCCAACCUAUGGGGAAAUUUGUCAACAACUCUGCGAAUGUAAUGAAAGCUUAUGUGAUAUCUCCACAGGAUGUAAAAGUAAUAUUUCCUCGACUGUCAUUUCUUCAACAUCAUUCAUAUCUCCUCGCCUUAACACAACGAAUUUGAAUAUUACUCCUAACUCUUCAUCGAAAGAAAGAAAUUAUAGUAUGGCCUUUGGUCCUUCGAUGAAAUCAUCAGAAAAGGCAAAUAUAACUAACGACAUAUUUCUACACCCAAUAGUCCUAUCAUUAUUCUCAUUCAAUGUAGCAUUUGUUAUUAUUAUUGUGAUCCUCCUCACGUUUGUGUUAAGAAGAUUAUAUUGCAGACAAGGUUUUCUCCAAUUCUCUAAAGAGGAAAUUGAAAGUAUGAAAAUGGAAUAUACUCAAAAACAGGACGAAAAUCAAAGGGAAUCCAAUAGAGAUUGUUUAAUCCAACCACAAUACACGACAAACAUAGCAAAGACUGUUAUUCGGCUGGGUGUGAAUGAUAAAAGUUUGUGUAAAAAUCCCUCGGAAAAUGCGGAAUGUACAGAUCCUAAAUCUUUGUGUACGGAAAUGACGUCAUUGACUCUCUCUGAAAAUAAAGACACAGAACGUAAUGGAUUUCUGCAGUUUGUUCGACAACCUUGUCAGUCUGUUGAUGAACAUGUUUAUAUGACGACAGACACGUUAACAUUUGAAGGUGAAACGGAAACUAAGACAUUUUUAAAGUAAAGAUUAAAGAUAAUAUAUUUUU